AUGUCUGUCAUUCCCAAGAAGUUCCCGACCCCUGUCGCCAAGCCCAUGGGCCCCUUCUUCGCUGCCGGUCUUGUCGUCCUCUACGGCGUCAACUCCUUUGCCAACCUCCUGAUGGGCACCGCCGAGUUCAAGAACGACCCCCGCAACCCCAACGCUAAGAACUCCAAGCAUUAA